ACGUGGAAAACUAAAAUGACGUCCCUGGCAAAACAACUACAGCAACUGCAAAUACCAGGCAGUUUGCCUUCAACAGCCACUGCUAAAGCCAGCAAAAAAUCAUCUCUGCUAUUUGAUUCGAAAGAGGCAGCUGACAUAGACAACGAAACUGUGUUCUCUAUCGGUUUAAAUGGCUUGGAAGAAUUGAAAGUUAUCGAGCCUGCCUUUAAGAUGUUUGAAAAGUCGCUUUUUGGCGACAAUUCGAUGUCUUUGGAGAGAUCUUUACAGACAAAAGAUGUGAACGAAAAGCUCGAUAAGCAUAUUUCAAAGUUUCUGCAAUAUUUAUCGCCAUACUUCUUGCUAAAGCCAGCUCAUAAGGUUUUGGAAUGGCUUAUCCGAAGAUUCCAAAUCCACGUGCACAAUGUUGAUAGUUUGGUCACUUGUAUUUUGCCUUACCACGAAACAAACUUGUUCACUCGUGUGUUGCAGCUACUUUCCAUAAAAGAUCCUUCCUCAAAAUGGAACUGGCUCAGUCCGAUUAAAAAAGCUGGAGUUCCCCUUUCUAAGACAGCUUUCUUACAACACUGCAUCACUGAUACAGCCUUCUUCUCUCUCAUUUGUGACAUGGUAAUGGAAGGUAUAAAGUUGGAAAUCCCUCCAUCAAGCUCGAGAGUUUUGUUUACAUUUUAUACCUCAACUGUAGUUGGAGUCUUGGAUAUGAUGCCAAGUGUGACAGAGAAAUUUAUGACUCUGUUAUUGCCUCAUUUACUGGCUGGUAUUAAGUCUGGGCUCUCAGAGCUGAUAGCAUCAUCGUACAUUAUUACAGCUCAGUUGUGUUUUAGAUGCAGUAUGGAGAAGGAAUUGGUGAAAUCCCUAUCUGACAGCAUAUGUAAGAGCAUUAAACCAGGAUUUGCCACUGAAGGUUUGUCUUGUCUUACCUACACAUGUCAAUCUCAGGGGUUAAAGAAAUUAUCAAAGAGGUCUUUUAAAGCACUUCUGAAACUUCCAAGACUGGUAGAUAUUCUUCACAAUUUGUCUGUGACUCAUAGCAUUAAUCCAUUACUUGAAGCAUUUGUCCCACAACUUGUAUCCAAUGGAAUAAAACAGGAGUUAUCAGAGGAGAGUGACACAAGAGCCCUGUUAGAGAUUGUCUGGGAAUUACUUAGAGAGGUUGAUUUUGAACCAGCACUGGUCACAGUGAUUGGCAGAACACUUCUUGAGGAGUACUGUGAUGCCAGGAAAGCAUUGGGUGCAGAUGAGGGUAGAAUUGGAAACUUGAAUGAAAAAGUGAAAGAUUUGGUGCAGGCCUUGGAAAAAAGAUAUCCUACUGAACUAGAGAGAGCUGUUGAGGCACAUCUUCAGGCACUCAAGAACACAGAGGACAUGACUGAGGGGGAUGCUGGCAUUGUUUCAGAGGAAGGUUCCCUCUGGACAAUGGAUCUGGUCAUUCCUGAUUCAAACACAACACUAGUUUUGAGUCUUCAUCAUCCUCAAGCCCAAGUGCGAGAAAUGGCAAUCAAACGUCUAGGAGAACUAUUAGCAGAUAAAGGGGGCUUGUCUGAAGACAAACAGUUCAUCAGCUAUUCAUUACUUUCACGACUUCAAGAUGAUGAUCCAUCUGUGGUGGCUUGUGUGCUUAAGUUGGGACAGGGGCUUGUAGAUAAUCUUCCCAUUGAUCAGUUUUUGAAAGAAAUGUUUAAACUUCUGGACAAGAAAUCAGAGGAGUGGGACAAGGUCCGAGAGGAAGCCUCUCUAUUGUUGGUUGGUGACUGGGUAACCUGUGCUGUGCCAUCACUUGUAGCAGAAGUUAUGUUUGGUUUAUUGCCUCGUCUACUGCUCCAUCGUCAGUCUCACAAAAUGGCAGUUCAGUUGUCAUUAAUUGUCAGCCAAUCAGAGCUGGCUUCACUGCAUCCUCUUUUGACUGGAAUGGAAGAUUUUGUUCAAAAGAAAGAGUGGAAAAGUUGCACAAAGAUUGUUGACCUUGAUAAGCUUGCCUUGGCCAGCAGCUUACUGAUCAGUUGGCUUGGAGAUAACUUGGUUAAGUUGGAUGAAGAACAAUGUGUGGAGAUGGUUCAGAGUAUGAUAGGGUAUGCCAAAACUCUUUCAGAUGAAAGUCUUUUCUACCCUCUCCUGAAUUGUCUGCUCAGUAGGGUCAUUGCUACAGCAACAGAGGAGUGUAAAAUUAAGUUUUGCCAAAUCAUCACAGAAUAUAUCUUACCCGAUAUUUGGAAAGUGACAAGAUUGCCAGGAAACUAUGAGCCACUCAAGGAUGAAGAGUCAGGAAACAAAGACACAACUCCAGGGCAUGUGGUUCCAUUUUCUCAACUAAAAUGUUUGGUGAAAUUUCUUGGUAAACACAGCAAUAAGCGGCUGAAUCAUUCCAAAGGUGCCAUUACACUGUGGCUGUGUAAGAUAUUGAUAAAGAACAUCCCUACUGUGCCUUGUGCUUUAAGUGAACAGUGGUGGCCAGAGGCAGAUGGUAAUAACCCAGAAGGCAUUUAUACUAAGCUUCUGACAAUGCUGUUUGAGGCUGUAGCAUUUGGAAGUGGCACUUCAACAGCACAUCAAGAUUUAUUCAAAGAAUUACUUCAAGAUCUCUUCCAGUGCCAUUUACCAGAAAAACUAGUCCUGCUAAAGUUUCUAGGACAUUUAUGGUGUAAAAAUCUCCACCAGGGAGGGGAGAGUGGAUUAGCUCUUCUGCAAGUUCAGUGUCUUCACAUCGCUACUGCAUGCUUUGGCUCCAUUAGCGGGAAAGCGGUGAAGGAACUGGCCAAGACAACAUGUUCAGUUGUACCUUCUCUUAUGGUGCCGCUGUGCAGCCCAGUCUCUGCUGUAAGAAAGUCGGCUGUUGCUUGUAUAAAGAUUAUCAAGUCCAAACUAUCUUCUGUCCAAGCCUGUCCAGUGACGGCACUUCUUGAUGUCUUGAAGGACAGUGCUGAAGAACUUUCUGCAGAUUCCGAGCAGUUACAUAGGGUUCUUGGUGAGUUCUUUGCACCAGCGGUAUCCCGCGGAAAGCCUCACUCCAAGUCAUCGCACAAUAAAAUCAUUAAGAACACGCUGGACUUCUUGUUACAACAUGUAGCAUCCAGUGAAACGUCUUCCUUUGUUAGACGUACCAUACUGUCAUCGUUACGCAGUGUUACUACUCAGGAGAUGCUUCAGACCCUGUUGCCGCUCGUGGAAAAACUAUUAGACAAGUGCGAGGAUAGCAAAGCCCUCUUGCAUGAAGAUGAGAGUAUUCUGCUACAACUGAUUUUACAAAAGUACACCCCGGACACUGCUGCACUGCUGCAGGAGGAAUCCAAAUGUUGGAAAGAGAUGUUGAGGGUGCUCUCCCUGAGAUCUGCGGUCUGCCCCGGACAUCCGGCACCAAUGUUGACUAUGAUUGGCCAGAUUACAAAUAGAUUUUUCCAAGCAAUCCCAGCAGAAGGAGUAAAGCAGCAUCUGAUGAAGAUUUUUGUGGACACGAUGCUUGAAGCAAAGGAUGUUGUUAUAGGAAAUGCUGCCAAGAAUUCUCUGUUGAAGCUUACUCUGACAGCAGAUCUGAUUACUGAAGAGCUAUGUAAGCUGAAUUCCAAUACUGAUAAAGAACCAAAGAAGAAGAAAGUGAAGAAGGCGCGAAAGGGUGAGCAAGAUGACGAGAACGAAGGAGCAGUGCAGCUACAAAGAGUGACAGUUGUUCUUGAAUUGUUACAGAGUAAGAUUAACAUUGAAGAACCACAUCGACUUCUACCAACCUUGUUUGGGACCCUGACCAGGUGUGUAGAACUCGAUCACAGUCAAACAGCUUCAGAGUACAUUAUGCAGCUGGUAUUUUCUCUCAUCAACAACAUCUGUCAUCUCGUUCCCGAAGACCAGUUUGACGUGGAGUUGAUAGUCCAGUGCAUAAGGUCAUCAGAGAAUCCGCGCACUCAUACCCAGGCUUUACUCCUGCUUGCGACUUCAGCCAAGCUUUUUCCGGAAAAAGUUUUGCACAAUGUGAUGUCGAUAUUCACUUUCAUGGGCGCGAGUGUCGUCCGCCAGGAUGAUAGUUACAGUUUUGAAGUCAUCACUAAAACACUGGACACAGUGAUUCCUGCGUUGAUUCAGGCGGGUGAGAAGCAGCAGUUACCACAGCUGACCAAAAAGGACUCAGCGUCUCUGGAUGACAUUGUGGCGAUGCUUAUCAGAGUAUUUGUGGAUGCCUCGCCUCACAUUCCAGAGCACCGCCAGCUUCCCUUGUUUGCUCAUCUCAUCGGCACUGUUGGUUCAACACAGUUCCUUCACACAGUGAUCAUUCUCUUACUGGAGAAACAAAGGGGAAAAACCUCUGUUGCCAAAAAGCCUCUUGGAGCAGACUUUUGUCUCAGUCUCUGCCAUUGCUUCCACGUUAAUGUUCAGGUAGAGGCCAUGCUGAAACUCCUGCAGUUCAUUGAUCAGUUGCCGUUGGCAAAACCUGAAGUUCGUCAAAAGCCCAGGAUGGCUAGAAGAAGUGCCCGUGUAUUCCUCGCUGUUACGCCUCUGUUUGAUGUGGACACUCACUCAGCGAAACACCUCAGGCAAUUCAAAUACACAUCAAUCAGUGUUAUUUCUUCCUUGCUCGACAGUGACGAGUUUGUAAACAAGGUCCAUGUUGAGGAAGAAAUGUUGGAUUUUCUCUUUCUAAGUUUUAAGUAUAUUUAUUUUUCUUGUUUUAUUUUUUGUUUCUGCAGACUGUUACAGGAUACAUUAAACUUCAUGACUAAAACGGCGCAACAUGGUGAUCAGGCAGCUACUGAUGUGACUGGAAAGUUUUGGAAAGCUUUUCUGCAUAAAACUUAUGAAAUUAUAGACAAGGUAAAUCUCCUUUUACCUGCCUCGGUAUUUUUCGAUGUCAUUGAAAAACUUCUUCAUAGCAGCAAUGGAACAGUGAAGCGUAAAGCUAUGGAGUUACUGAACUGCAAACUAAGCAAUAACGUUGGAGUUCAUUCUGACGAGCAGAUUAAGGCGUUACUGAACUUAGUAACCGAACUCCUCGCCAUAUCGGGAGGUACUGGGGAGAGUGAGGGGUCCGUCAUUAACAGGCAGACAGCUUUAUUUCCUUACUUCUUUGACCUCAAGGUUGCUUCAAGCGCGUUGCUCUGUGCAGCAGAAGUGCUCGGUGGACUUAAAACGCACUGCAUUCCCUUCUUGCCAAAGCUGAUGCCUUCUGUACUGAAACUGCUCAAAAGAAAUCAAAAAGAGAGGAACAGCCUGUUGACUCUGUGUGGUAUAACAGCUUUGUACAAAGCCACAGAAGCACUUCCACAUUUUCUUAGUCCUCAUUUAGUGGAUAUUCUGAUUAUGGUGACGCAACCAUCUCUUACUGGAGGAGAGGUUACAGAGGUCCAGCAAGAAAAGGAAGAGGUUACAAAGCAGUCGACUGUGGAUGUACAGUUAAAGGAUCGUGUAGUCUUGCUCAGGAAAGAACUGGCUUGUAAUAUUGCACCCCGAGUGCUGAUAUCGGCAGUGUCUGAUUGCUACAACAGUAUUGUCAACAAACACAAGGAACGUGUUUUCGUGCUUAUGGAUGUCCUGGCAGAAUGUGUGAAAGCCAUGAAAAAGGAGGAUAUUAAAACCUACCAUUCCAAUCUCUUUACGCUGUUCUUAGAAGCGUUGGAUUUCAGAACUCACCACAACCAGGAGACAGAGCGUAGUGUGAUCGAGGCAUUUUUGUGUCUCGUGAUCAAGAUGUCUGAGGCUUCUUUUAGACCGACGUUUUUAAGGUUGAUAGAUUGGGCGACCAGGCCUUCGUCCAGUAAGGAGCGGUUGAUUAUUUUCUAUCGUCUUUGCGACAGCGUGGCUAAUAAACUGAAAGGAUUGUUUGUGCUGUUUGCGGGUUACAUUAUGAAGAACUGUGCUUCUUUGCUGGAUGCCGCAAACAUCUCCAAAACUGAAGAGAACAUUUUCCCGGACGAGUCUCCAAACAGAAACAUGCAUAAAACUUGCCUCUUGUUGAACUACAUGUUGGAUUGUUUGCACAAAUGCUUCAUGUAUGACACACACGGAUUCUUGGACAGCGAUCGUUUCCAGUGUUUGAUGCAGCCUCUUGUAGACCAGAUUGAAAACCUGUUGGGAGGAGAAGAUACCUUUAGAGAGCGGCUUACGAACCACUUGGCCCAAUGCCUCGCGCAGUUUGCCGUAGCCUCCGGGAGUGAUGCACAGUGGAAACCGCUGAACUAUCAAGUAUUACUGAAGACUCGACACAGCUCUGCAACAGUUCGUUUUGCAGCCCUCAAAGUUCUAGAGGGAUUCCACACAAGACUCGGAGAGGAGUUUAUGGUGCUUUUACCAGAGUCAAUUCCAUUCUUAGCAGAGCUUAUGGAAGAUGAAUGCUUUGAGGUGGAACAACAAUGUCAGCACCUCAUCUCGGAAAUUGAGCAAGUCUUGGGAGAACCAUUACAAAAAUAUUUUUAAGGGAUAUGACGAGACACAGUUCCACACUGGGGAAAACUGCCCAACAUUGGCGAAUACUGCUCUACACUAGCGAACACUGCUCCACACCGGCGAACACUGCUCCACACCGGCGAACACUGCUCCACACUGAUGAAGUUGCUCUAUGGACAUGAACUUGGUUCAGCCUAUUGAAAAUUGAUUUCCUCUCCAGUGGGAAUAAAUAUAACCAUAAUCCUUA